AUGUCAAAGCCAACUAUCGUUAUGGUUCCUGGUGCAUGGCACAAGCCCCUCAUUUACUCCGAAGUCGCGCAAUCUCUCGAGAAGCACGGAUAUCCCACCGUCAGCCUUGCCUUACCCUCUGCCGGCGCCAAGCCAUCUCACCAAGACUUUAAUGGUCUUCCCGGAGGCGAAGCUCCCAAGGGUCUCUCCAAGAAAUAUCAAGAAGCCAAAGGCUUGAAAGGUGGUCUCAUUAGAUAUGUAGUCAUCAAUGGAUUCGCAACUCCUCCGGGCUUCCAGGCGGCAGCGAAGGGUGAUUAUGCUAAAAUGCCUGACUGGAUGAAACUUGAUACCGAGAAUGAGGUUUUCACUGUUGAGCCAGAAGACGCCAAGAGAAUCUUCUGUAACGACAUCUCAUCCAAAAAGGCAGACAAGUUAAUUCCCGAACUCCUCCCUCAAAGUCUCGGUGUAUACUUCAGCACUGCAACCUAUGCGGCCUGGUUGGAUGUUCCCUCAACUUUCUUGUAUGGCGAGGCUGAUCAAAGUUCUUUCACACCCGAGGUGGUGAAAAUGAUGAUCAAGGGUGCACAAAUGAUGAAUCCGACCGCUUUUGAUGUUGUAGAAAGUCUCAAGGAGGGUGGCCACUGCUUCAUGAUCAGUCAUCCAGAAUGGACGGCGGAAGCCUUGAGAAGAGCUGCAAGAGAGAAGUUUUGA